UGGCCCAUGGGCACUGCCUGCCCUGCCCACAGCAAACUCUACCCUCUGGGCAAGGCUGGGAAGUCCUCCAAAGCUUCUAAUCAGAGGCUGCUACGGAGCAGGCUGCAUCUCGGCCGUGCUGCUGCUGCAGCUCAGAGCCUCCCUCCCUUUGUGCUGCUGAUGGCUCCGGGUUGGUUUUCCCCUGACCCCCUUUGGGGUUUUUUAGGAGGUGAUGUUGGGCCAGAAAUGCUGCAGCAGAUGAGAGAAACCAACCGGGUGCUGAUGGAGGUCCGGGAGCUGCUGAAACAGCAGAUUAAGGAGAUAACAUUCCUGAAGAAUACGGUCAUGGAGUGCGAUGCCUGCGGCAUCCACACCGAGGCCACAGGCCCUGUCAUCACCGUGACACAGUUCAACAGGUGCCUGCCAAACCCCUGCUUCCCUGGAGUGGCCUGCACCGAGACUGGCACCGGCUUCCGCUGCGGCCCCUGCCCGCCUGGCUACUCGGGCAACGGCACCACCUGCACGGACAUCAACGAGUGCAGCGCAGCCCCCUGCUUCCCGAGGGUCCAGUGCAUUAACACCUCCCCCGGCUUCCGCUGCGACCCCUGCCCCCCUGGCUUCACCGGGCAAGUGGUGGAAGGGGUUGGACUGGCUUAUGCCAGGGCCAACAAGCAGGUUUGCACUGACAUCAACGAGUGUGAGACAGGAGCUGCCAAGAACUGUGUCCCAAACUCCAUCUGCAUCAACACCCAGGGCUCCUACAAGUGCGGGGCUUGCAAGCCUGGCUUUGUCGGGGACCAGGUGAGCGGCUGCCGGAGCCAGAACGUGAGGCGCUGCCCCAACGGCGAGAUCAGUCCCUGCCACGAGCAGGCUGAGUGCAUCGUGGAGCGGGACGGGUCCCUGUCCUGCGCGUGCCGCGUGGGGUGGGCAGGGAAUGGUUACGUGUGCGGGAAGGACACAGACAUCGAUGGGAUCCCGGACGAGAAGCAGCGCUGCUCCGACAAGAAGUGCCGCAAGGACAACUGCAUGACCGUCCCCAACUCGGGCCAGGAGGAUGCGGACAGGGAUGGGAUUGGAGAUGCUUGCGAUGACGACGCCGACGGAGAUGGGAUACCGAACGCGCAGGACAACUGCGUGUACACACGCAACGCCGACCAGCGCAACGCCGACAAGGACAACUUCGGCGACGCCUGCGACAACUGCCGCCAGGUGAAGAACAACGACCAGAAGGACAUCGACGGCGACGGCCGCGGGGACGAGUGCGACGACGACAUGGAUGGGGACGGGAUCAAAAACCCCAUGGACAACUGCAAGAGAGUUCCUAACCCUGACCAGAAAGACGCUGAUGGAGAUGGAGUAGGAGAUGCCUGUGACAGCUGCCCCAGUGUCAGUAACCCAGACCAGAAAGACACUGACCACGACCUGGUGGGAGACGUCUGUGACACCAACCAGGACAGUGAUGGGGAUGGGCACCAAGACUCGCGGGACAACUGCCCCACAGUGCCCAACAGCUCCCAGGUGGACACAGACAACGAUGGGCUGGGAGAUGAAUGUGAUGAUGACGAUGAUGAUGAUGGGAUUCCAGAUGAGAGACCUCCAGGCCCUGACAACUGCAGGCUUGUCCCUAACCCUGGCCAAGAAGACUCAGACGGUGAUGGUGUGGGGAACCUGUGUGAGGAUGACUUCGACCGGGACAUGGUGAUCGACCGCAUCGACGUCUGCCCCGAGAACGCGCAGGUGACGCUCACCGACUUCAGGGCGUACCAGACGGUGGUGCUGGACCCCGAGGGGGAUGCACAGAUUGACCCCAACUGGAUUGUCCUCAACCAGGGCAUGGAAAUCGUCCAGACCAUGAACAGUGACCCUGGGCUGGCUGUAGGUUACACAGCAUUCAACGGAGUGGACUUCGAGGGCACCUUCCACGUCAACACCGCCACAGAUGAUGACUAUGCUGGCUUCAUCUUCGGCUACCAGGACAGCUCCAGCUUCUACGUGGUCAUGUGGAAGCAGAUGGAGCAGACCUACUGGCAGGCAAACCCCUUCCGAGCAGUGGCAGAGCCUGGAAUUCAGCUGAAGGCAGUGAAGUCCAAGACAGGCCCAGGCGAGUACCUGCGCAACUCCCUGUGGCACACAGGGGACACCACGGACCAGGUGAAGCUGCUGUGGAAGGACCCUCGGAACUCAGGCUGGAAGGACAAAACCUCCUACCGCUGGUUCCUGCAGCACCGCCCCCAGGUCGGCUACAUCAGAGCUCGCUUCUACGAGGGCCCCGAGGUCGUGGCAGACACUGGAGUUGUCCUUGACACCACCAUGCGAGGAGGGCGCUUGGGAGUCUUCUGCUUCUCCCAGGAGAACAUCAUCUGGUCCAACCUGCGGUACCGCUGCAACGACACCAUCCCAGAGGACUACGAAACGUUCCGAGUUCAGCAAGACUGACCUCCAGCUAGCCCCCUGCAGCCUGCCCUGCAGCCUGCCCUGCAGCCUGCCCUGCAGCCCGCCCUGCUCCCCAGCCGUGCUCAGCUGCCCUGCUCCUGCUCUGCAGCCCUCCGGGCAUCCUCCCGCCGCACCGCGCAGCCCUGAGCCGCCCCCCGGCAGCUCUCCUGCCGCAGCUGUGUCCCUGCCUGCUCCCCGUGGCGGGGCAGAGGUGCAGACCCCAAGCGUGAGCAGGAGCCCCGAGCUGCUGCGGACCCUCCCUCCACCAGGUGGGAAGCCAAAGUGAAGCUUCCCGCAGCAGCUGGAGCUGGGUCAGCCUGGGUCAGCCCCAGGAGCCCUGUCCCUGCUGGGAGGCUCUCAGCUGAGGCUUCUCUUCGCCAAGACCUGCAGAGCAAAGCCAGAAGUGUCCUGGCAGGGGCCCGGGGGAGCAGCCUAGGUAGGAGUUGCUCACAGAACAUUAGGAAGAGGACUUUAAGGAGUUAUCUUUGUCUGGAAUGUUGGAUAAUAAAAACUUGGAAUGUGGGAUAAUAAAUACCUGACUUCUUGGUCCUGGG